AUGAUACCUAAUCCAAGAAGCCUAACGAAAAUAUGGUUCAGCCACCGAAUAUCAAACCUUGUACAAACUAGGUUCAAAACCAUUGUUAAAAAACCAACUACUAAUUUCAAUACAAUUAUAAUAGAAGAACAUCCUAAGAAAACAACCAUUUUAGACGAAAGAAGAAUUUCAAAGUUAGUUAAUCGAUUAAAAAAUGAGAAAUAUGAUAUUAAUGGUGAGUUUCGUGCAAUAUUAGUAACAUCUGAGGGUAAAAUCUUACAAAUUAAAUCAUUUGAUAGCGAAACAUUAGAAGAUACUAAAGCUGUACCGACAAAGGUAAAAACUGUACAAGAAGAACUACCAAAACCUGAAGAAGAGAUAAACCACAUACAAUCAAAACCUGAAACUUUAAAACCCAAAACCGGCAUAGAUCCGCAAAAUAUAUUUGUUCGUACUAAAUCCGGUAAACUCAACAAGUCCCUAAGAUAUCAAAGACGACUUUAUGAAAUCCCCAAUACAGCAUAUGUUAAAAAACAAGAAAUUGAGUCUCAAAUUUCAAAUUCAAACCACAAGGGUUUUAAGUUUUUGAAUUAUGAUAAAUUAAUAAAAGUUGGCGCUGGAAAUUAUGAAUUUACCAAUAACAAAAAUGCAAUAGAAGUAAAACUCAGAAUUCAAAAAUCAGUUUCCACAACCAAGAUUCCACCAAUAAAAUUAACUCGUCCCGAGACUUUAAAUUUUGAAAAUUCAACAAACAUGUUAGCAUUAGAACAAAUUGGUAAACUGUUAAUUGAUGAAUUUUUUUUGAAAUGGAAUUUUACCCAAUAUUAUAAAUUCAUUGUUACAAUAUGGAAAUUUGAUCAAUUCGUCAAGAGAAGUUUAAAAUUCAUAAAAAUUGAAAACAAAGAAAUGUUUCAAAUAUUUGGAUUACAUCCUGAUAAAAUUUUCAUUGCAUUAUGCUAUUUAGAAGAUCAAGAUUAUUAUAAAGUUAUUGAAAAUAUUACAUCGAAAUUUAGAGAAACUUUUAAUCCACCUAUAAAACCAAUUUACAAUUCUCAAAUUUUAAAUGAAAAAUAUCUUAAUACACUAGACAGAUAUUUACAAGAACAACACAUACCAAUAAAAUCUCAUAUUUUUUCACAAGUUUUCCAACCUCAAUUAUUACCAACUUUUGAAAUCAAAUUACCAAGUAUUCCAAAAUUAAAAAAUCAGUGUUUUUAUAAAUAUUUUCAAUUAGCUUUAGUUGCUCCAUAUUCUGAAACCACUAUUACUUAUAAAGAUUUGCAUUUUUUAACUCAAAAUUUGGAUUCUAUGGGAGAUGUAAUUUUAAAAAGAUACACAGCUGAAUUUAUGAUCCAUCACUCCAAGAUCAAUCCAAAUUUUAGAUGGACAAUGGAAGAUAUCCAUUUUUUAAAUUCAAAUAUUUUAUUUAAUAGAUUAUCAUUAGCAUAUAAAUUGCAUCAAGGAUUGGAUAAUGAAAAACAUGAAAGAAUAAUGACAAAUAGAAUAACCACCACAAAUUUAAAUAUAGCAAAUGAAUACCUUGGUGACAUUUUUGAAAGAAUCGUUGGAAUUUUAUAUUUAGAUGAUUAUGAAAAUUGUCGACAAUGGAUUUUUAAAGUUUUAAAUACUAUUCUUCAAAAUUUGAUUGUGAGCCAAGAUGGUAUUGAAUUUAUUGAUAAAGAAAAAUAUGUUAAAUUAUAUCAAUAUCAUUUGAAGAAUUAUACAAUGUAUUAA